UAGGAGAGGCUCUAUGAAACAAUUAAGUUUCUGCUGCGCACAAGCAUCCUUGGGCAUGGGAAGGUCUUCUAUGAAGUGCCAGAGGCAGAAAUGCAGCCUGGGGACAUUGUGCUCGUCCCCAUACAGAGCUCUGUAUCCCUUUACCCCAUCUUCAAACACGCAGCUGUCUACAUUGGGGAUGGAGAGGUCAUACACUUCCAGGGGCUGCAGGGUAAGAGUGGCACUGGUCGGAUCAGCAAGGAAGGAUUCCCCGCCAUGAAAGAUGAAAGGGGGAAAUUCCAGAUUUGGCGGAAAAGAGGAGGGGUUGACCUUGAUGACUUUGAUAGAAAAGUCAAGAAUGCAAUGCAGUGCAAAGCCAAGUAUCACCUAAGCACCAACAACUGCAUCCACUUUGCCCUCUGGCUUCUGGGCUUGGCAGACUUCUACAUGGAAUUGGUCGAAAUCCAAGAAGAAGUUGACAAAGGAAAGGCUGUGAGUAUUCCCAAGGUGGAAAUCGAAGAAGUUGACGAAGAAGAGGCUGUGGAAAUCUCUGAUGAAGAUGGCAGAGAGGAGGCCAUGAGUAUCCCCAGUGACAGCCCUUCCAGGCAGGGCUCUGGUACCCCUUGGACGGCUGCAGUGUUGUCAAAGGGGUUUGUGCUCCAUCAUGAGAGGGACUGGCAACAGCCACAUCAGCCUGAGCAUGACCAGCCCUGACUCACAGAAGAGCCUCAGCAUUGCCCCACUCACCCCAACACCUCAUCCCAGGGAAGGACCUUUGCUGAGGAGGAGCUGUUCCCUUCUGCUUGCUGCAGCUUCAUUGCCAUGCAUUCAUGAGGGGCUUCAUUCCUGCUCCCUCCAUUACAUGUCCCCAUUUCCCUCCACCAACAUCUACAAUGACAAUAAAGCAGAGAGCACAAGACAAUGCAGAAGGUACU